GUCCGUGGUAUAUGUGACUACUCGGAUACACACAAGAACGAGCUGUGGCGAGGGUAUGCGGCCAUGACAGCAGCCGCAUACGCCAGAGACCUCGUCAACAAGAUUCUGCCAAAUAAAGUUGAGGCCGAAAGGAAGCCUAACGAGUUUCUGUCGGACGCCUAUGAAAUACUCGAGAAUAUUGAAUGUAUAGAGAGAAACCGUUAUCUCAGUGAGCUUACGAGGUGGAUAACGCAGUGAAAUUCCGCGAUGAGAACCCAGGACACGUCCAAAAAAGAAUGAGCAACUCCAAACUAAAAAGAUGGUGGCAGCGCCCGGAUGUAAAAAAAGAAGAUCGAGACUACUUUGACGGAUAAAGUGAACGG